GCCGCACCAAAUUUCACCGCACUAUGGUGUCUGAACCUGAACUUCGUCGAGUGCCCGUGACCGUAAAGCUGUUCACGCAACAUCAGCUCCGGUUUUCUUCCAGUUUUGUAUUAGUAUAUAGCCGUUUAGCCGUGGGUUGGGGCACUCGGUGUAUUUGUGAAGACUGGACAUGCUGAUCCCUGAUGCUGCCAUGCUACUACUACCAUUACUACUUUAUGCUUGUGCACUUGUAGUCUGUUUACAUGUUUAUAAUUCGCGAUAAGUGAUCGCCAGCACAAUAUAAUCUAAAUUUUAUUUUUAUUUUUAUCAAUCGAGAUUAUAUUUGCAUGAAAAUGAUAAGUUAGAUGAAUCAAAUAGCAUGUUUGUUUCAUGCUUGUCAAUUUUUACAUCGUCAUUUCAAUAAUACUUUUAAGUCACUUCAAUCUAAUAAUUUUUAGUUAUAAAUUAUGUAUAGACUGUAGCUGGCAUCGAUCACUAUAUUUCUAAUCUGUUUUUAAUUCGUGGUCACUGGUUUCCGGUGGUCAUGCCGGUCACGUGAUUUUAUCUUUGUCUAGCGAGGCAAAUGGCGUUGUAUUGGGGAAGCGAUUUGCGCCUCCCUACAGAAAAUACCGAACGGUCAAGUUUUCGCCUUUAGAAAGUCCCCUUUGUCACUUAAAAUGAGUUCACAAGCGUUUGUAGCAUCGUUAUGUCGCGCAUGUAUGUAAUGAUUUGCUUCUAGCGUCACGAAAACGGUAAAUGAUCGAGCCAAACACACGUGGAUUUGUAUACAUUCCUGCUGAUCAACUCUCGUCGACUGUAUGGGGUCGGUAAGAGUGUGAUCAAUGUAUUUCACCUUUUGUGAGAAGGCGCAUUUAGCGCAUUUGCCUGAAAAGAAAUACUGCGGUUAUGAAGGUGGCGACAGCUUUGAUUAUCACAACCGAAAAACUUUGCUGUGCCAGUAAGUUCUGGCCGGCUGUCCGCUUGGUCAAGUUCACCCUAGUGAGCUUGUCACGGUUUCUACCAACUGUCAUUCACUCAAAUUGGGUGGUGUAAAAGAGGGAAUGUGCCUAAUGGCAGAUGACGGGCCAGCCAUUCUAAACAUUUGGGCAGUACCCUUGGGCUCUACGUUGACCGUACCGAACAUCUAACGCUCCCUCGCUGCUGCCGCUGUGAAGAGGUCUGGGGUAUGAGUUGAAGACCUGACAUGUCUGAUGCUCGCUUCCAAAAUCUUUUGUCACCGGAUGAAGCUCUCUUGGAUAAAAAUCACAGUGUGAGUGAAAUGCUGAGCAAGCCAGCUGCCUCCUGGGAAGACCAGACAAAGUUUGGGACGGAGCAUGGCAGUCCGGGCGGCCAAGCAGGUGUGGCCCAGCCACAGGCGACGCCCUUUAUGUCACCCCCGCAGACAGCCGGUCCCGAUCCCGUGCACGACCUUCCUCCUGAACUGCUCCAAGUUGGCUGGCGUCGGUUUUGGAGCAAGCGCGAGGGCCGUCCCUACUUCUUCAACAAGCUCACCAACGAGUCGCUCUGGGAGAUGCCGCGCCUGGGCGGGGGCCUGGGAGGUGGCCACCCUCCUCCAUAUGACCCCCUGACGGACCCUUUGGGAAUCCAAGGGCCCCCAACACCCGUAGACCCCGGCACUCCUCCAGGACCAGGUCCGUCCCACAUCCUGUUGUCACCGCCUGCCUCCAGUCCUGUAAUGUUGCCGCGACCCGACAAGCGACGAGCGUCGGACGACGCAAAUCCUGCCUCGGCCAAGAAGUUUGUCCUCAGUGGACCCUUUGAUCUGGAGGUGGCAACCAAUGUUGUCAUCUGGGAGCGGUCUCCCACACUUAUGCCCCCACCUCACCCCGACGUAGAAAAUCUGCGUGCCACACUUACCACCAGGUUGCGUACCAACUACCACGAGAUGUGCCAUUCACGAGAAGGCAUUGAGUGCCCCAAGGAGUCUUUCAUCCGGUGGCUAAUGGAGCGCAAGGUUGUGGACAAGGGCCAGGACCCCCUGCUGCCCAGUGCGUGCCAUCCCGAGGUGUCCCAGUGCAUGUACCGCGAGAUCAUGAACGACAUCCCCAUCAAGCUUGUACGUCCCAAGUUUGCAGGGGACGCUCGCAAGCAGCUCUCCAAGUACGCUGAAGCAGCCAAGAAAAUGAUAGAGUCAAGGAACGCAAGUCCCGAGAGUCGCAAAAUUGUGAAAUGGAACGUCGAGGAUGCAUUUCAUUGGCUACGGAAGACCCUCAAUGCCACGUACGACGACCACCUGGAAAGGCUGGCUCACCUAAAGAAGCAGUGUCAGCCUCACCUGGUACAAGCUGCCCGCUCCUCAGUUGAAGGGAUUUGUGCCAAGAUUUUCCAUAUGUCCGUUGAAAACGCCAAGAAGAUAAGAGAAAAGCACUGGGCCAUCCUCAAUCAGCAUGGCAUUGAAGAGAUCACAAGCCCAUUGCACGUGAGCAAUCCCAAGAAGGUGUUCUGCUACCCGGUUCAGUUUGCCAUUACGUCUCCUCGGCUGCCUACCAUUGAGGUCCUUACAGACAAGGACAGCACGCUGCUGCGCUACAAGGGAGAGCUGGUGCGCAUUCACACGCUGUACUUCCAGAAGCUGGAGCAGUUGUACAGGUGGAAUUGUACAGAUGACAGGAAGUUUGAAAACUUCCUACCACGAGUAUGGUGCAUGCUGAAGAGAUACCAGACCUACCUGGGCCUCUCGUCAAACGAGGGCCACGGCACACAGAACUCUCUGCCUGUCUCUGUGUUUGAGUGUCUCCACAAGCAUUUUGGCGUCACCUUCGAAGGCUUCGCAUCUCCUUUGAACUGCUACUUCAGGCAGUACUGCUCCGCAUUCCCCGACACAGACAGCUUCUUUGGAUCUCGAGGAUCCAUCUUGAAGUUCUUCCCGGUGGCUGGUUCCUUUGAGGUUAACCCGCCGUUCUCAGAAGAGCUCAUGGAUGCCACAGUCAAUCACCUUGAGCGGCUACUCACCGAGUCGCAAGAAUCACUAUCAUUCAUCGUCUUUUUUCCUGACUUCCGUGAUCCUGUGCCGGUGGCCCUCACCAAGCUUGAAGCUAGCAGGUACAAACGAGAGCAGCUGUUGAUUCCUGCUUAUGAUCAUGAGUUCAGGCAUGGAUUUCAGCAUAUCAUGCCAAGGGCGGAGGUGAGCGUGCGCGCUACGCACGGGACGCACAUCAUCUUCUUGCAGAACGAUGCAGGCUAUGCACGCUGGGGCCCUACACCCGAACGCCUCGAUGCCCUGCGCGAGAGCUACCGGCCAGGGCUGGACAAGGAGCGCGAUGCUCCCUCGGAGGCUCCUGUGGCCCCCCUGGUUGCAGCGGCACCAACCCUUGCCCAGCCUGCCACGCCCCCCCGGGACCCUGCCACAGUCCCCACAGCUGCCAAGCUCUCCUGAGCUGGGCAGAGCGUUGCUUCCAGUCGGCCCCGUACGCAGAGCACCUAGUGUCGGGCGCUCUCAUGCAGCACUGAACGAGCGAGGUGCAAGUGCUAAUCUAGCACUAGAGGGAGGAGCAACAGGCUCUAGGUGGCCGCAUCAUGAAAUUUUCUCGACGUACAAGGCACAAACCUUGAUGGGGCUCUGCUAAUUGGAUCGGAGUAGUUUCUCAUGUAGCUAAAUGCGCCAGUUAUGCUGCCUGCCCUACGAGGCGGUUUGGAGGCUCUUAUGGAAGAAGAGUACCAGUGGAUUGUGUGGAUCCUAAUCUGUGUAAAAUGACAAUCCAUUCUUAUACAAAGCGAGAAGGAAAAUGAAUGUUCACAUUGCACCGCGAAAACUUCUGUUUUCACGUGACACGCCGUGCGUUUCCUAUUUAUAAUUCAAUCACGGUAGAAGAGCUAACUGUGUACUGUUCUGUACAGUGAACAGAUUUGAUUGAGCUAUUGCUCGUUGCAGUGCCAAGGUGAGGGGCAGCCUAUUAAAUUAUUAUAGUUGUCUUUUGUUGUGCCUAAGGCUUUUAUUUUUUUCUUUAUAAAACUAGUAAGAAAAGCUUACUGCCACCUAGAUUUACCCACCGGUGUCUCCAUUUUGUUGUACAUGCAGUAUUUUCUUGAAUUGGUUAGGCAAGAUUAUAUAUUUUGGAAGCAGCUUCCCCAAAAUAACUCUCUUCACCAUGCCUCGGCUUCAUAACAUUGCAUAUGUCUUUUUGAUACAAGUAGAGCUUCCAAGUAAAUGACAAGGCUAGUUAUAAAAUUGGAGCAGGCACUGCCUCAUUUGCUUCACUGAAAAUAAAGAUAACUUUUAAUGCAUAUGUUUUUCAUAGUCAGAAUUGACCUGGCAUGCUGAAAGAAGUUUGUCUCCACUCCUAUCAUGUAGGCAAAGAAUGCUUUUACGAACCGCUCUCUGUUCAUGGGUAAAUAUUAAGAUUUUUACUUUCUUUUGUUGAGUGAGAAAUAUGUGUGUAAUUUUUUUUUAACAGACUGCUUCCAUUUCUUCCAUUUUAAGGUAUCGGCAAAGAAUGCUUUUACGAACCGCUCUCUGUUCAUGGGUAAAUAUUAAGAUUUUUACUUUCUUUUGUUGAGUGAGAAAUAUCUGUGUAAUUUUUUUUUAACAGACUGCUUCCAUUUUAAGGUAUCUGGGUUAUUUUUCUUAGUGUUGUUCUUUUAAAUUUGUUGACUAUAUAUCUGAAAGGUAGCACCCUUAAACUAAAUUUGCUAACUCAUCUAAGUAUGGCAGCAAGUGAAGCCAGUCUCUAAAAUAUUUGUUUUUUAAGUGGUUGGCAAUUUACAAAAUUACUGCAUUAAAGGGACCAUAAAAAUGACUUGCAGACUUAGGCCAUAUAUUAGCGUUAGGGAGGAACUUGCAUUCGUGAAGCAAAAAACAGGUUACAUUGUAAUCUAAACCUUGUCUCAGCAUUUCGAUUAUGAUGUUUCUUAACCAUCCUGCCUGCAUACUUUUGCUUCUUUGCAAAAUUAGUAUCAGGUUUUUUUGUUGUCAUGGGCAAAAAUAAAAGGUAUGGGUUAGGUUAUAGUAUGUUUUUCUUCCUUGACUUGUGUUUUUUCUGCACCAAGCAGAGGCCAUGCACUACUCUGGGUCCAUAGAAACUGAGAAGUAGCAAAAUAGGAGAAAGUAAAAGCCCCUGAAGCCAGUAACCACCGGUGGCACUGGCUGAGUCGUUGAAAAAUGGCAGGGAUGUCCCAGUGAUCUGAUUUGAUGAGGGAGAUGAAGAUCAUAUGGUUUCCUACAGCCAGCUCAUGUUUAAUGAUCCCUUUAAUUAGUUUUGUACAUGAAGCUUGGCUACAAAUCUAGCAGUUCCUUAGUUUGUUGCAUCUGUGUGUGCUGUUUUAAAUAAUAUUGCGGACACGGUAAAACUUUUAUGAGAUUUCUAGUGCUCAAACUGAUUUUAAUUAUCAACCAUGAAAGGUGCUUUUCUGUGGGAGUGGAAAAUGUAAAGAUUUACUUGUGCUACUCAUUGUAUAAAUUAGUACCAUGAUUUCUUAAUGAAAUUCUAUUUCUGCAGGUAGAAUAAUUCAGCUUUUCAUUGCUGCACAUGCCGUGUACACAGUGCAACUUCUUCAAAAACUGGGAGAGACAGGUGCUUGAUUGACUGCAUUACCUUUCUUUUUAUUUUUAAUGAAUUUUCACCCUGCAAUAUUGUGCUCUCACCGUCGAAGCGAAAUUCAAAUGUAUAAAGCAUGUGAUAAGUUGCAUUAUUUUUACUUCAUUACCAUGUUACUGCCUCCGCUAAUAUCAAGUAAAACCUGUAGUUGGACCACAAGUUUUGACUUGAUCUUUAACCAUGGGGCAUGUCAUGAUUUUAACAAAAGAUGAAUACAACUCAUAACUGGCUGGCUAUCUCAAGUACAUGAUCCAAACCAAAUUGUUUGUUUCUAAAUUGAAAUGUUUGUGAAUAUUUGUCAUGAGCCUUUGACCAAGCUCCAGGAUUGCUCGCUGACCUUAAUAGUGUACCCUUUCCUUAACGCUAAAAAGCAACAGAUCACUUAACUUAUUUUUCAAUUUAAAUAUCAUAUUCAUUAAAUUAAUACGGUAAACUCCUGUUAAUGUGACCACCGUUAGCCUGGCACUUGCUUUGCCCAAACCUGGGCAAGGCCAAAACUGACCAAUCUUUGGGGACACCAAAGCAUAAUGCCUAUCUAACAUUUGUCCAUUAAUGUGGUCAUUUCACUUCAUCACUACUCUUGGCAUUAGUGAAGUGGUCACAGUGGGAGUUGGCUGUAUAAGCAUUGUGAUUGAAAGGCUGGUUCAUGCACACUUUUGGAGUAUAUGGAAAGCUUGUUUGGGAACUGCUGAAAAAUUUUAUUUUUAGUCCACCUGCCUGUAGGGGCAACUGUCAUCUGCUGUGGGGUCUUGAAUGUUUCUUGUAUGCCUAUGUUCCUCUGGUGUUCUAUCACCUUAUCUUAUGUUGUUAUGUGCAUUGUGAAAAGCAGCUCAUCUGCACAAUUUCGGUGCUACUUUUUAUGUGUAUGGUUAUGCUGAGGUUACUAUUUUUUUUUAAGUUUUUCCUUUCUAAAGAGCCUAUUGCCCCCUCAACAAAAUUUUAUGUGAUUUGAAUUGACAAAGCACAAGCAUAUUCUGAGUAGUAAUGCAAGUUUGUCUUUCAAACCUUUGUGUAUAUGAUGCACAUAUUCACUGUAAAAUUUACACAGAUGUGUUAUGCAACUUCUUAUGCUACUUCCAAAGGCAUUUGUUAUGGUUUCAUCCUAUCUGCAUUAUGUACCAAUUUCAUAUCAAAAUUCAUUGUCAUAUAGUCCUGUUACCAUUUUAUGCAUAUUUUUUCACCUCAUUCAUUUUUGUACUCAGCAACUACCUAAGUACUUUCGGUUGUCUCGUUUAUCCUAAAUGUUUCAUGCCAAAUCUCCUCACUUGUUUAAUCUUUGCUAAGCAAAGAGCCUUGUCAUUGUUUACCAGUGUAAAAAGAACAUGUUUCAUUUUGCUCACACAUCUUGUGGUUUGUAGACACUGGCUAAGUGUGGACCUGAGAAAGCAAAUUCGACAAAUUGACUUAGCCCCUUCUCUGCCACUGACAUCAUGUAUUCCCUUGAUGUGCCAUGGCUUUCAGCAUGCUUACACACCAAUGUUUUCACAUCUUGGUGUUGCGCACAAUGUGGUGACUGUACAUAAUGUAAAUAGGGCACUGCUAGAUAUUACUCAUUGACAUCCACAUUUUUUUAUACAGCAUGACAGGAGUGAGUAGUUGUUGAAUUGUGCAACUUCUUGGUUUGUAAACCUGUCCUCUUCUUUUUAUGUGGCUUUCUUGGUUGUUUUAAGUCCGCAUGUGACUAUUGGUGUCCGGCUUGCAGUUAUUCCUGUUGUGGUGGUAUUCUUUCUCUAGAAAAAAAAACCUAAAAUAAAACAAAGCCACUUUA